UCUCCGCCGCCGCCACCCCCCAAAACCCUUCUCCGGCCGGUGUGUCGCGUCGCCGGCCAUGAAGCGGAAGCAGAAGGAGAAGGCCUCUGCGGCUGCCGCCGCUGAAUUCGACGCCGACGAGCCCUCCCAGGCUCCGCUCCCUCUCGAGGCCUUCUCGGGUGACGUCUGCGCCGCCCUCGCCGCGCGCUACGGCCGCUCCGCCGCCCCGCAGCACCGCCACCUCCUCGCAUCCGCCGCCGCCAUACGCUCCAUUCUCGUCGACGACGGCGUCCCCGUGACACCGGAGUCUUACCUUCCUGCCGCCGUCUCCGCGCUCCAAGCCGCAGGCCCGGCUGACCCCGCCGCCGCUUCUGCGCUCGCUUCACUCCUCGCCAUCCUCCUGCCCCAUAUCCCCUCAUCCCCUUCCUCUCUCCCGCCAGCGUCCGCCUCUGAAUCCGCCUCCGCACUCGCCGUCUUCCUCUCCUCCCCUGAUGCCUCCAAGCUAUCUACCGGCACCGUGCGCUCGGUGGUCAAGUCCCUUGGCCACCUGGUGCUACAUGUUGACGCUGCAACCGAUUGGGGUUCUGUGGCUUCUCCUCUGGAGGCUCUCCUUGCUGCUUCCAUGGACCAGCGGGCCAAGGUUCGAAGAUGUGCACAGGAGAGUGUGGAGAAGCUAUUCGCGCACUUGAAAGAUUGUGGUUGUGGGAAGAAAGUUAGUAAUGCUGCAAUGGGCAUGUUUGAGAAUCACAUUUCAUCUGUGAAAAGUAAUGCCAAUUUGAAUUCAGUUGCUUCUGAGGGUAAGGAGAUGGAGGCUGCAAAUAUGCUAGGUGCAAUGGUCGUUUUAGCUCCAUUCCUAUCAAAGAAGGCAAUGAAGACGGUGUUUUCAGAAGUUUGUCAGCUGUUAAGCCCUUGUUUUAACCCACUUACAAGGCAUGUCCUGAAGCUUAUGGAGACCUUGUUGGACCAUCUGAAGGCUGAGGAUGUUGAGUCAGACUUGGUGGAUCUUAUCCCCUUGUUGUUGGCAUACCUGCAUUAUGAUGAAAAGAAACCUGAUGAUACCAUUGUCGCAGCAUUGAAGCUGAUGAAAAAUUGCUUGGUGAAACUGGUUGGUCGACCAAAUUUGUGGAUGGAGGCUCUUCCAUCUGCAUUUGAGGCAGUUUCAGGGUACCUGAUUCAGGACAGAAAAUGUUCUGAAGAUAUAGCAGGACUGCUACAAGACUGUAUUGAUUCUCAUAUUGACCGGAAUAUUAUUUUGACUGGAUCACAGUUAUGCAAACGUGAUUAUGAGAGCUUAAGUGAUGUGGCUGCUGUUAAAUCAAUCUGUUCGUCAGUUAAUAACAUGCUCUGUGCAUGUGCUUCUCCUCCCAAUACUAUCUUAAAAACAGCCUUGGUUUUGUUUCUCAAACUUGGGGAGAGUUCAUAUGUCUUUAUGAAACAUAUCAUACUUACAUUGUCGCAAAUUGCCAUGAAAAUAGACAAUGACCCAGAGCAGAAGAAUGUUGAAGAGUGCAUUGGGGCUGCUCUGAUUGCUUUGGGGCCAGAUAAAAUCCUUUCGCUAAUUCAAAUAGUCUUUGAUGAGGACCGGUUAACAUGCUCAAAUACUUGGCUUCUGCCCAUUUUAGAGAAAUAUAUCCAUGGGGCCUCUGUCCAACAAUUCCUAGAGUGCAUUGCACCACUAGCAGAAUCUUUACAAAAAGCUUCUAACAGGGUAAAAUCAGCACGGAAAUGUAAAGAUUUAAAAUCAUGGAGUGAUCAGUUGUGGAAUUUGCUUCCUGCUUUCUGCCGCUAUCCAGUUGAUCUAUGUCAGAAUUUUGGUUCUCUAUCCAAGUUGCUACUAGAGAUGUUGAAGUGUGAGCGGUAUCUGUACAAACCUGCUGUUAAAGCCCUGCAGCAACUUGUAGAUGGAACUAGAAGAUUAAGCAGCAGUGAUCAAAACAGAGAAAUAUAUGUGGACCUUUCUACUUUGUUCUCCUCAAAUAUUAUUAACUUAAACUGCCCAUGCUUCGAGAGGUCUUCUAAAAAAGAUGCCCGUAAGAACAUGAAAGUUCUGGUAUCACAUUCUGUGGAUCUUCUUUCUACUAUCACAGAUUAUUUCCUUGAUUCGUCACCAGAGAAGCGUUCUGAUUUGAAGGAUGCAUUAAGAUGCUUGGCUCAACUUUCUGGUAGCACAGACAUUUGCAACCUUUUCCUUUCACUGGUUAAAAAGUUUGGCUUAGAAGAUAAUCAGCUGGAGCAAGAGAAUACUGAAUGCCAAACUAAUGAGGUAGACAAUAAGGAUGAAGAGGGUACUGAUAUGGAUGAGGAGAAGGAUAAAAAGAGGUCUCUUGUAAUGGAACUUAUUUCGACAUUUGCUGAAGCUGCUGACGAGGAUCUGCUUGAUUUACUUUUUGGAUUUGUCAAAUCAUCUUUACUGAACAAGAAGCCAUGUGAGGGCAAAGCUCUAUUUGCACUAAGCAUAAUUUUGAAGGAACACAGUGAAUAUUCUUUGGCUCGGUUGGAUGAAAUAAUGAUGCUUCUUCAUGGAAUAAAGGCUGAGGAUAAUGAAGUUUUAGAAGGUCAAUUAUUAUGCUACCAGUAUUUGUUGUUUCACAUGAUUAAGGUUAAUGAAGAGAGCACGAGCAAGAAGGCUUUCCUGAUUCUAAACGAGUUAAUAGUUGCAUUGAAGUCCAAGAAGGUAAGUAGAAAAUUGGCAUACGAUGUACUCCUGGCUAUUAGUAAUAGUCUGAGAAGCUGUGACUCAAACAGUGAAGAUUCAGAUCUUCAACGACUAUUCACAAUGGUGAUGGGAUAUCUUUCUAGUCCAUCUCCACACAUAGUGAGUGGGGCAAUAGCUGCAUUAUCUUUGCUUAUAUACAAUGAUGCUAACUUUUGUUUGGAAGUUCCAAACCUGAUACCAUCUGUAUUAGUUUUGCUGAAGCAUAAAGCUAUUGAAGUAAUCAAGGCAUCUUUGGGCUUUGUAAAGGUGUUGGUAACAUCUUUGCACUCAGAAAAAUUAUUGGAUUUGCAAGAAGAUAUCAUGAGUGGCAUAUUACCAUGGUCAUCUGUUACGAAGCACCAUUUCAAAGGGAAGGUUGUGUUAAUAUUGGAAAUACUAAUUAGGAAAUGUGGCCUCGAUGCUAUCAACUUAGUUACACCUGAAAAGUACAAAUCUUUUGUUACAACUAUUGAAGAGGGUCGCAAGGGAAAUCAUAAUCCAGCAGAUGGCCCAGAGUCUGAGGAACAACAUGCUACGAAGAGAAGAAAACGGUCCGAUUCUAAUGUUGAAUCUGGACAAGAGGAAACACACACACGGCCACCAUCGAAGAGUUUGCCAGUUGGAAAGAAGGAAUUCUUCAUUAAAGGGGCCAAGAAUGCUCGUUCUCCUGGUGUGAAAAGCCAACGAAGCAGACCAUCAGGCCGCAAUGGCGACGGAACUAAUUUCAAAUCAAAAUCUGAAGCACAGCCAAGAAAUGAACAAAGUACCAAAGGUGACAAAUCUCAUGGUUACAACAAAAGAACCAGAACUGGCAAGUUCGACAAGACGCAGAAUCGUGGGGGUAAAGCAUCUGCACGGCCUUCUAGAUUCAAGAAGCCUAAAACUGCAAUUUUAUACAAAUUUCGGCACGAAUUCUUCUUCUAUCCGACUUGGAAUCCAAGUAGUCAAGGCCCAUCUAACUUGCGCGGCCCAAGUGGACUCUGCCUGUCUAGACGCGGAGGGAGGGAGUCCGAACCAACCCUAGCUUUGCGUAUCAGCUGCGGCUCCGCCGUCGAGAGGAGGAGGAAGAAGAAGGAGGGGGUCGCGGCGGCGGCGGCCAUGGCGGUGGCGGGGCCCGGGCAGCUCAACCUCGACGAGUCCCCCUCGUGGGGCUCCCGCAGCGUCGACUGCUUCGAGAAGCUCGAGCAGAUCGGCGAGGGCACCUACGGGCAAGUUUACAUGGCCGGGAGGGAGACGGAGACGAACGAGAUCGUCGCGCUCAAGAAGAUCCGCAUGGACAACGAGCGCGAAGGCUUCCCCAUCACGGCCAUACGCGAGAUCAAGAUUUUGAAGAAACUCCACCACCAAAACGUUAUCCAGCUCAAGGAGAUCGUCACCUCUCCAGGCCCAGAGCGAGAUGAGCAAGGGAAGCCAAUCGAGGGUAACAAGUACAAGGGGAGCAUCUACAUGGUCUUUGAGUACAUGGAUCAUGAUCUUACUGGGCUUGCUGAUAGGCCUGGGAUGCGGUUCACUGUACCUCAAAUUAAGUGCUACAUGAGGCAGCUUCUUACAGGCCUGCACUAUUGCCAUGUCAACCAAGUGCUACACAGAGAUAUUAAAGGAUCUAACCUCCUGAUAGACAAUGAGGGUAAUUUGAAACUUGCUGAUUUUGGCCUUGCAAGAUCAUUCUCUAGUGACCACAAUGGGAAUUUAACUAACCGUGUGAUCACUUUGUGGUAUAGGCCUCCUGAGUUGCUACUUGGAAGCACAAGGUACGGUCCAGCUGUUGACAUGUGGUCAGUGGGUUGUAUUUUCGCAGAGCUUCUCAAUGGAAAGCCAAUAUUGACCGGAAAGAAUGAGCCAGAGCAACUGUCAAAAAUUUUUGAGCUCUGUGGUACCCCUGAUGAGUUAAUCUGGCCUGGUGUCACAAAAAUGCCAUGGUACAACAAUUUCAAGCCUCAACGGCCAAUGAAGAGACGGGUUAAAGAGUCCUUUAAGCACUUUGAUCGGCAUGCUCUGGAUCUUUUAGAGAAGAUGUUAACUUUGGAUCCAUCACAGAGGAUAUCAGCGAAAGAUGCACUUGAUGCAGAGUAUUUCUGGACUGAUCCCUUACCGUGUGAUCCGAAAAGCUUGCCAAAGUAUGAGGCAUCCCAUGAAUUCCAAACUAAGAAAAAACGGCAGCAGCAGAGGCAAGCAGAGGAAGCUGCAAAGCGCCAGAAAUUGCAGCAUCCUCCACCCCAUUCCCGUUUGCCUCCAAUCCAGAACCCAGGCCAACCACACCAAAUCAGGCCUGGCCAGCCUAUGCACAAUGCACCACCAGUGGCAGCUGGUCCAAGUCAUCACUAUGCAAAGCCCCGAGGACCAGGUGGCCCUAAUAGGUACCCACAAGGCAGUAACCAAGGAGGCUACAAUCCGAACCGCAGUGGACAGGGAGGUGGCUAUGGGAAUGGCCCGUAUCCUCAGCAAGGACGAGGACCUCCCCCUUAUCCCGGUGGUGGCAUGGGCGGAGCCGGUGGCCCGCGCGGUGGUGGUGGCAGUGGCUAUGGUGUGGGCGGACCAAAUUAUCAACAGGGUGGACCUUAUGGUGCAUCUGGUCCAGGUCGAGGACCGAACUAUCAAGGUGGUUCUCGCAAUCAACAGCAGUAUGGAGGAAACUGGCAAUGAUACGGCAGUAUCGUGAGUGAAAUGCCAUGCCCUUCCAGUAGGAUUUGUAUGUUGGAAAAACCUCUUCUGUUGUAUUUGAGAUAUAUUUAUUGCAUGGUAUAAUCCAAUCAGGCAGCUCUCGAAGCAUGGUGAUUGUCACUUAAGCUGUACAGUACGACGCCGAUGUGGUUCUCAAUGUUUGAUGUAUUAUCUUGUAUUACCGAUGAAAAAUGUGAAAAGACAUGAAAUGACUGUUGCCGAGUAUCAAACCUUGCCACCGUUUAAUUUUCUCCA